AUGGCUAGGCCCGGGGACCCCUCUGUCCGCCCUCUGGACACCUGUGCUGUAGCCUUCUCCAUUGAUGACAUGGACCACGAGCUCGACCGCCUCUCCAUGCAUGGCAUGGUGGCCUGGUUGGGGGGGGGGAACAGGCCGGUGGUGGAGCCAGAGGUCAUCAAGAGGGCCAUCUGCCACCAUUUUCCGGGGAGUUUCCCCUAUCGCAAUCUCGACAUCCACACAAGGCCGUGGCAGCUGGUCACACACGGCGACAUCUGCGACCUCAAGUACCGCGUUCGUCUGUGCCUGGAGGGCAUCCCACUUCACACCUGGAACGAGAACAUUGCCAAGAGGGCAAUCGCCAGAGCUUGCGACCUUGACUACGUCGAGAAGUCUUCGCUGGACCGAGAGGACACCAGGGCUCUCUCUGUCUGGGCAUGGACGCACAACCCGUCGGACAUCCCAAAGGUAACCUGGCUAACCUUGUCAUGUAGGAAAGCAGAGUUUCACAGUACACCAGCUGCUCGCGGCCGCCGGGGCCUCACCUUCAGGGUGCUGGUGCACCUUGACCUGGUGGAGGACCCACCGGGAAGGGAUGGACGUGCUGCUGCUCCCCGCGACUACACGUGGCAUUACGGUGUUGUUGAUGGGGAGAGGACGCUGUGUGACCGCCACGACCCUCCGCCUGCUGGCGUCCGCGGCAGCCGUCGUGACGACGACGACGACCGUCGUGGGCGCCGCGAACGUCAGGGCGACAACUGGGGUCCUUUGCUUGUUUUUAUGGCACAGCUAAAUUGCCAAAUUCUUAACUGGAACGUCAGGGGCAUGAAUGAUGGCGCCCGGCAAGACUCGGUGAGCGAGUUAGUGAGAAGCACUGGUGCCACCAUUGUAUGUCUACAAGAAAUAAAGAUGCAAGUUAUGGAUCAUAAUGUGGUGAGCCGCACAGCAGGAGCAAAAUUUGUUAACUCCUAUAUUGUGCUCCCGGCAGAACAGACUCGAGGAGGCAUUCUCCUUGCCGUGAAUGAAGACUUCUUCGACCUCUCCGACGUUGAACUUACCACGAACGCAAUAACCGCGCAAAUCACCAUGAGGGCGGAUGGAAUAAAGUGGCAAAUUACAGUUGUAUACGGCCCGCAAGGAGAUGCAGCCAAACUUCAAUUCCUCCAAGAAUUGAAGAAAAUUCCUCCGCCGGAACACAACAGAUGGCUCAUCCUGGGCGAUUUCAAUCUCAUCUACUAG